CUUCUGGUGCUUUCUAUGAAAUUUUCUCAAGCAAUUAACUUCUUGCAGAACCGGCUGCUUGCAAUGAACUAUAUAAAUGAGGGCUCUGAUGAUAAGCUUUUUGAGGCUCACAGGGAAUGGGGAAUGCGAUUUAUGAAGCUAUACCCUCAAUAUACCAGUUGGGAUAAUCCUAAAGAUAUGGAACGCCCAUUAGUAAUUGGAUAUGUGUCACCUGAUUAUAUUACUCACUCUGUAUCAUAUUUCAUUGAAGCACCUCUCUUUUUCCAUGAUUACACAAAUUACAAGGUGAUUGUGUACUCUGGUGUUGUAAAGGCAGAUGCCAAAACCCAUAAAUUCAAGGACAGGGUGCUGAAAAAAGGAGGGCUAUGGAGGGAUAUAUAUGGGAUUGAUGAGAAGAAGGUUGCUAGCAUGGUUAGGGAGGAUAAAGUUGACAUACUGGUGGAGCUUACUGGUCACACUGCAAAUAACAAGCUAGGGAUGAUGGCCUGCAGGCCUGCUCCCAUCCAGGUCGAUCGAGGAUUGAGGCAACACACAGUGAUUGCUUUGGGGUUCAGAUUAUCAAAAUUCAAUCCUUGGUCUACAUGGAUAUAA